AUGAACUGCAACGGUCGUGACAGGGGGAUAAUCGGCACCGCAUGUGAAGCACAACUACCGUUUUUCUGUUCGAGCUGCAAACAACCCACAACACACAAAACCACUCCUGACAAACUUCAUCCAUCACAUUCCAAACCACACAUCAGCCAACGAGCAAAGAUGAGCGGCAACGAGUUCACCGAGCGUGAGAGACAGAUGAUGUCGCUAGCCUGGCAGUGCUUUGAUGGCGAGCCAAAGCUCGACUACAAGAAGCUUGCAGGUCUCGCAGGCAUGAAAAACCCAGUUUCGGCUUCCAACGCAUGGUCCAAAAUUAAGAAGAAGCUGAACGCUCAGGCUGAAGCCGUCAUGGGCGAGGGCGCGGCGACCCCGAACUCCACAGUCAAGGCCACUCCUGGCAAGAAGCGCGGUCGCAAGCCUCUUGGAGACGACAACAACGGAGAGACCCCAAGCAAGAAACCCAAAGCUACCAAAGCCAAGAAAGCCGCGAGCGAAGAUGACGCCGACGAGGAGGAGGGCGUCAAGCACGCAGUCAAGACGGAAAAAGCAGAGGACGGAGACAGCGAGGAUGAUCGGCUCUGA